AUGGAGUCCGCGCCGCUGCUGGUGAACAAGCCAUCGUCGACCGCGCAACUGGUCGACGGCGACUGGGAGGACGACGUCAAAGACGCGGCGGCGCCGAGGAGCCGCGCGGAGGCGUGGGAGGCGUUCGUGCGCGAGUCGGAGCGGCUGUGGCUCAUCGCGGCACCCAUCACCUUCAACAUCCUCUGCCUCUACGGCGUCAACUCCGCCACGCAGCUCUUCGCCGGCCGCCUCGGCAACCUGCAGCUCUCCGCCGCCGCCGUCGGCCUCUCCGUCGUCUCCAACUUCUCCUUCGGCUUCCUCCUCGGCAUGGGCAGCGCGCUGGAGACGCUGUGCGGGCAGGCGUACGGGGCCGGGCACGUGGGCGCGCUGGGGGUGUACAUGCAGCGCUCCUGGAUCAUCCUCGCCGUCUCCGCCGCGCUGCUCUCCCCGCUCUACGUCUUCGCCACGCCCAUCCUGCGCGUUCUCGGCCAGGACGAUGCCAUCGCGGCCGCCGCGGGGGAGUUCACGCUCCUUAUCCUCCCGCAGAUGUUCUCGCUCGCGCUCACCUUCCCCACGCAGAAGUUCCUGCAGGCGCAGAGCAAGGUCAUGGUGCUCGCCUGGAUCAGCCUCGCGGCGCUCGCCGCGCACGUCGCCAUGCUGUACCUCUUCGUGUCCGUCCUCGGGUGGGGCCUCGCCGGCGCCGCAGCCGCCUACGACGUGACCUCGUGGGGCAUCGCCGUGGCGCAGACGGUGUACGUGGUGCGGUGGUGCGACGGGUGGGGGGGGCUGUCGUGGAAGGCGUUCGAGGGGCUCUGGGCCUUCGCCAAGCUCUCGCUUGCAUCCGCCGUCAUGCUGUGCCUCGAGAUCUGGUACAUGAUGGUCCUCGUCGUCCUCACCGGCCACCUCGACGACGCCCAGAUCGCCGUCGGCUCGGUCUCCAUCUGCAUGAACCUCAACGGGUGGGAGGCGAUGCUCUUCAUCGGCCUGAACGCGGCGAUAAGCGUGCGGGUCUCCAACGAGCUGGGCUCCGGCCGUCCCCGGGCGGCGAAGCACGCCGUCGUGGCCGUCAUUCUGCAGUCCCUCGUCAUCGGCCUGCUCGCCAUGGCCGUCAUCCUCGCGUACCGCAACAGCUUCGCCGUGCUCUUCACCGCCGACCGGGACAUGCAGGCAGCGGUGGGCAAGGUAGCCUACCUCCUCGCCGUCACCAUGGUGCUCAACAGCGUGCAGCCGGUGAUCUCGGGCGUGGCCAUCGGCGGCGGGUGGCAGGCGCUGGUGGCGUACAUCAACCUGGGCUGCUACUACGUGUUCGGCCUGCCGCUGGGGUUCUGCCUCGGCUACCUCCUCCGGCUGGGGCCGCAGGGGAUCUGGGCCGGGAUGCUGUGUGGGACGGCGCUGCAGACGGCCAUCCUGCUCGUCGUCAUCUGGAAGACGGACUGGGAGGACGAGGCGGCGCAGGCGAAUGAACGGAUCAGCGCGUGGGCUGGCGAGAAGAUUCAGGGGGGCAGCGGGGACGACGGUGACCUCAAGGAAGCGUUCCGAGUGUGA